GCAUCCAUUGAUUCGUAAGAAGGCUAUUGCAACGUGGCCAGCUCAUGAGUUUGUCCUAUUACAACUUAGUUCUGACGUUUUAGAUACUCUCUCACUGAUGGGCUGUUAACUCUGAUUACCGUUUAAACAGGAAGAACUAACAGGUUCAUUACAGUUAAUAGCAACAUGGCCGACUCGGACGGAUUGCCAGGCUCUCCGCCUCAGCAAAAUCCUGUUCGCAAUUUCUUCAGGAGGAUAGGGACGAUCUAUCAGAGUAACCUUGAUAGAACUACACCUCAUUCUGGUGUGCGAUGGAUUUCGACGAUUGUACUGUCUCUUGCUUAUGCUGUAAGAGUGUUUUUACUUCAGGGCUGGUAUAUAGUCACAUAUGCACUAGGGAUCUAUUUACUUAACAUGUUUCUGGCCUUUCUCACCCCUCAAGUAGACCCUGCUUUGGUUGAUGAUGAUGCAGAGGAUGGUCCAUCACUUCCCACUAGAGCAAAUGAAGAAUUCAAACCAUUUAUGCGCAGAUUGCCAGAAUUCAAAUUUUGGUACUCUGCAACCAAAGCCAUCUCUAUAGCCAUGUUUUGCACAUUUUUUGAAGCCUUCAAUAUCCCAGUGUUUUGGCCCAUACUUGUGAUGUACUUUAUAAUUCUGUUUGUCAUAACAAUGAAAAGACAGAUUAAACAUAUGAUUAAAUACAGAUACAUACCUUUUUCACAUGGAAAGAAGAAAUACCAAGGGAAGGAAGACAGUGGGAAGGUGGUAUCCUCCUAAGAACAAUUGUGUGGCACACUGCAGCGUGAUGAACAGUCCUGUGUAUAAAUUAAAUUCAUCUGUGAGAGAAGGGAUGUGGAAUGUGAGGAGUGACUAGGACUGACUAUGGCUGGAUCUUUCACAGGAGUCAAAAUAAUUAUGUGUGACUGACUUUGAAUGGAAAAUUGACCUUGACCGUGAAUACGGAUAUCAUCACAGCCACUGACUAUAAUUCUGAUCAACAUUGCGACUAUUUUACUUUGUCAAACAUUAACAUGAAUUCAGAUAGAAGUAAAUAGUAUACGUAUUAACUAUGUAUUUUAUGGAUAACAUGUUUUAAGUGGGUAUGUAAACAUUAAAAAAUGUAUAUAUAUAUACAUGCUUUAUGAAUUAAAAGCUAUAUAAUAUAUAUAUACAUGCUGUACGUCUGUAGAUAUACAUGCUGUAUGUCUGUAGAUAUACAUGCUGUACGUCUGUAGAUAGACAUGCUGUACGUCUGUAGAUAUACAUGCUGUACGUUUGUAGAUAUACAUGCAGUAUAUGUUAUAAACAUGCUGUAAGUCUGUAGAUAUACAUGCUGUAAGUCGGGAGAUAUACAUGCUGUAUAUGUUAUAAA